AUGAACGGUCCUCAGGAAAACAAAGCGCCUCAGCUGCAGCCUCCGAAGACCAUAAACGACAAAUGGGAACGUUCUUUGCCUGAAAUCUGUUUGAGUCGGAGCAAGUCGAUGGGGAACCUUCAAAACAACUCCAACGGGUCAAUCGGGUCCCUGAAGGCACGUUUUGAGUCAAGAAAUAAGCCGGCAAGCAAUUUCAAAUUGGCAGACGAGGUAAGGCCUUCCAGAGAUGCCAAGCCAGUGAUGGAUGGAGAGAUCAAGAAGUUAGCAGGGGAGCAGAAGGCAGCGCAUCCCAGCAAGAGUGAUGCAAAGGAAGGGAAUGCUCCACAAAAGGUGGUGAUGCAAACCCAGACAGAAAGAAAGAAAACAAUUGGAGGUACCAAUGUUGAAAGAACUGUGAUCUCCGAAGCCGAUGAAAAACAGAGAUCAGUCGCCGACUUCAGAGAAAACUCCUUUGUCCAAGAGAGGGAGAAACUGUGUGUUUCUGUCAAAGCUUUGUCUGCGCUCUAUCUGUCCAAAGUGGCAACUCAGGAAGCAAAGCUGAGAGUUUUAAAACCGGCACAAGAUCAGCCAUCUGAAACUGGGAAACAAGUGAAACAAAUAAAAAUGGCCGAAGAAAGCCUACUAAAAAGAGAAGACCACUGUCGGCUAGGACCAGAGGACAACCCUGAGACACAGUCACAACAAUUCUUGCUAUCCCAAACGUGCAAAGAAAGGCUGUACCAACAGCGGCAAAAAUGUGAGCUGAGAAGACUCCUGAAGCACACGCACCCCGAGCUGAAGAUGCUGGAUGAGGUCGUAGACGAGGAGCUUGCUGAGGUCUUGAGCUCGGAGACGGAGGUGACAGCUGAUGAAACAGGAUAUGAGGGAGAGGUCCGCUCCAGACGGCUGAUAUUCGAGAACUGUUCCCAGAGUGAUAAACUGUCAGUUUACACCCCCAAGAUGCAUAUGUCUGAGGAAAUAGUUGAAAAAAGCAACAUCAGUAAAACAUCAGCUGUUUUUGAGCACCCAGACAAGAGGCCUUCUGUUGAUCAAACAGUGGCCUCAAGUCCCAAGCCCAGCAAAGAGUGUGAGGAGGAUGUUAUCAGAAUAGAUGUCCAGGCAACCAGAAAGAUAUUUGAGAGUCCGUGUGUGGACACACCACAGUCAAGUCCAGAUAACGUUCAGGGUAAGGUUUUCACUCCUGGUGCUUUGACUGGCUUAGUCCAAAAACAAGGGAGGGAGAAAUGUGACCACCAGAAUCUACAGCACCAAGAAAAAUCCAGCAAUGUGAAUUGGACAGAACAACCCAAACAAAGGCUAUGCGAUUUUAAUCAUAGCACAGUGAAGGUAGAUGAUGAAUCAUCCAGUCUUGAAGUUAAAGAAGAACAUAAGGACAGUAUAAAACCCAGGGCAUCUCUUAUGCAAAACAAUCCAUUCAUAUCUAAAAACAUAGAACAUUUCUAUGCCCAUAUGGCAAAACCCAAAAUAACAGCAGAUGAUGACUGUGCCGCCAAGGUCAAGAAUAAAGCCCAUUUGUUUGAAUCCAUGCCAUUUGACAAAAUCAGACAUCAAAACAAGGACGAGACAAUGGUAGAGGCACUCAAGGAAUCACUGAGCUUUCUUCAUCACUUUAACGUCAUUCAUGCAGAUGGCUCGAUCAUCGAGGUGAACGAGACCAUGCGAGCUAAAAAGGCCAAGUACGCAUUAUCAGAGAGUGGAGCCGAGAUCAUUUAUAAUGAGGUGUCUGAAGGUAAUUUUCAAAAUCUCAUACUCCGUGUGCUACCACGAGCAAACCUAAAGCCUCAGGUCACUUACUUAACGGAGGCCUGUAGUGGAGGCAUUAAAAGAACGUUGGUCAACGUACCCGUACACCCGCAUCAGUUCACUGGUAGGCAGGACACAAAGUGUAACACUGCCAAUGUGGUUCAACUUGUGGAGGAUAUUCUUAAUCAAGACAACUCUCUGAGGAAAGGAGCGAUUAUCCAGGAGGUCUCUGACAAAUCUGCAGACAUUAUUGUUUACUCCCUCCACAAGUAUUGUCCUCGAGAGUAUUUGGCAAGAGCGAAUGAAAGAAUAUCACCCCUAAUCUCUCCAGACAGCAUCUGUCAAGAAUCUGUCAGCCCUGAAGUGACAAUGAAGCGAUUUAAGAGUUGUAUUGAAAAGGCCGACUUGGAGGAUCUGGAAACUCUUCAGGCAAAGUCAGUGGUUGAAGAACAGGAAGUUCCUCUUAAACAGAUGAUGGGACAAUGCACUGAUACUGAUCCUGAACAGAGAGGUGAUCUUGCAGAUGAGGAUAGUUCAGAAAAACAACAUGGGGAAGAGGAAAUUGUCUUUCAGGGUAAGCUCAAAUCAGCAUUGGAUUCCUUAGAGAAGUCCAACAUUAAUGUCACCAGAGGAGAUUUCAAAGCAGCUAUGAUAUACCGGAACUCCUCAAAACCUUCCAAAGAAAUUGUGAAAAAUGCAGCAGUUUUUCCUGAUAAGACAAUCAACCAAGAUGUUUGUGCUUUGGCAUCCCAAACUCAAGUGUGUCCAAAAAAGGUCAUCGAAGCGGGAACAAGUACUGCGAAUGCAAAGUCAAUCAGCCCUGCACCGCAGAAAAGUAGAAGACCUGUUGGACCAAAGCCAACCAUCCCUCCAAAGCCUGAUCAUUUGAAAAUCAAACUACAAAAAAAACAUUCAAACAACACAGAAAACUCAUUAAAGCUAUUAAUAGAUAAAAAUUAUACAGAUACUGCCAAACAAACUGAAAUUAUGUCUAAAAUAAACACUGGUAUAGAGUCAGAACAUGAUGUAGUGAGCCACAGAAGGUUGGGUGAAGGAUUACAAAACCCUCAGGAUUUUCCCAAACAACAACUCCAUGGCUCACUUAUCCCCAUGGGUAAAAAUGACAAAGACAACCUGCAAGGAGAGAUAAAGGAACCAGCCCAGCGGAAAGUCUUCCAGGACAUCCUGAUCAAAGAAAAGAUGACUGAAACAGAGGAAGCCCAUUUAGAUUUCAAUGAGGCAUGCAAAAAAUUAGGGAGCACAAAUGAUCUUCCAAAAAAGAGACCUCUUAUUAAACCCAAAAGAGUGAAAAUAGCUCAAUGUGACAAUCAAAUGUCAACCAUUCCUGCACAGGUAGGUGCAGAACCACAACCUCCGUUACUCUGUGCAGUAAUCCAAGGCAACAAAAAAGAUGCUAAAGAUGAGCAAGAAAUUAAACAGGAAGGCAAGGUCGAGUUGAGGGCAAAGAAGGGAAGGACGGAGACGGAGGAUGAACGCCGUCAGCGUCUGUCGGUCCACAUGGACGAGAUCUUGCGGGGCAACACAGAGGCUGCCGUGGAGAUUUUCGACAACUUGCGAAAGCAAGAGGAGCUGCGGGGCAUCCUCAGUCGAGUUGAAGAGAUCGGGGAGGACACGAGCAAGGUUGACGUGAGGUCGCUCCGAAAAGUGUUCGAGAACGUCCCCGACUGGGUGGUACCCUCAAACAAAAAGAAGCUAAAGCAAGUGAAAGCAGAACACAAAGAGGAGACAAAGACGCCAUUAGCAACAGCGAGUAAAUCCUCGAUGGCACAUGUUUUUGGAGAUCUCGAAAGAGCCAGUGAGGAAAUUAUGACUCUUAAGGAACAGACGUUAGCACGGCUUGUUGACAUUGAGGAAGCCAUAAAGAAGGCGCUUUAUUCUGUCUCUACUUUAAAAUCAGAGUCUGAUAUUACUGGUCUAUCAUGCCUGUUCAAGGAGUCGUUAGGAAGUGUGCAACGAUCCCCUGCGUCUGGUAACAUUAGCAGAAUAAGCAUCGGCUCAGGCAAAAUGGCAUCCCUGCAGAUAAAAGAAGACCCCACAGCUCCACCUGGUGGCCAGAAUGCAAGCGCUGAAAGAACCCCAAAGUUCAGAGAAGGUCCUCAAUGUACACCCGCUUUCAUCUCUAUUCAGUCAGCUUCUAGAAAGUCAGACAAACCAGAACCUCUGCCCAAAGAGACUACAAUCUGCCCAACUUGCCAGCACAGCCCAGAGAAAUUCCGCUCGGCCAAACUGUUUCAGUGCAACGGCCCUGCUCUAAACAGAGAAGAGCCCGCUGACUGCUUCCCGCAACGAGAGAUCAGUGUACUCGAGGUACAAACGGACCUGGAGGGGAGCAGAAUCUUGGGCACAAAGACAGUUACAGAAAACUACGAGAGGACGGAAACCCACGGCAACAGGAUUUACUCUUCGACCACCUCCACCGUUGUCACCACUCAGCCGGAAACCAAAACGUCUAUCACAGAUCUCAAGCCAGCUUUGCAUCAGCUCGCUACAUACCCGGAGGUUCUGCUGCCUGUUAACCAAAAUCCAUAAC